GAAAGAGAGAGAGAGAGAGAGGGAGAGCGAGCGAAGCGCGGCAGCGGCGGGGUUUUGAGGGGGGAGGGGACGGUGAGAGAUUCGGUCCUGACGGGAGGGCCGCACCGCUCGGGGUGCCGAUGGAAAUAAAACAAACGGAUUUCUCUGAAUAUUGAAUUAUGAGGCUCUUCUUUGUUGCACACCCCAGUGUUCCGGUUUUGCAGCUAUCUUGUUAGGAUUUUUAACGCUCCCCUCUCAUCCAGCUGCUCCUGAAAACACACAUGGUGCAUUGUUGUCGUUCCCCAGAUUGUGUCUGUUCACCAGAGCUGCUCAAUAACCUUCAGCAAGCGGAUCAGCGACCUCUAGGAUAAAUAUAAAGUAGUUUGUUUUCCAGACCUAGUGCCCUUAUUUCUGCUGUGGCUGCACUGCAAAUAUGGAGCCCUGCAUGGAGUAUUUCUUGGCACAAGUGCUGCAGAAAGACAUGGGACGUCGGCUGCAAAUUGCACAGGAGUUGAUUGAGUACAUCACAGAUCGCCAGAAGUCCCAUGACCUGGAACAGGACCAAUCAAUGCUCGAUCGAAUGGUUGAUGGCCUUGCCGCUGGUUGGGUAAACUCCAGUAACUUCAAGGUUGCUUUGUUUGGUAUAGAAAUUUUAUCAACCCUCAUUACGCGUCUUCAGGAUCACUUCAAAACGCACAUUGGUACAGUCUUACCAAGUCUAAUAGACAGAUUAGGGGAUGCUAAGGAUCCAGUACGAGGAGAAGAUCAGAUUCUCCUGCUAAAGAUUAUGGAACUCGCUGCUACUCCACAGUAUGUCUGGGAACGAAUGCUAGGAGGAUUUAAACACAAGAAUUUUCGAACCAGAGAAGGGAUUUGCCUUUGCCUUAUUAGCACAUUAAAUACUUAUGGAGCUCACAGUUUAACUCUAAGCAAAAUCGUACCCCAUAUCUGUAAUUUAUUAGGAGACCCAAACAGUCAGGUCCGAGAUGCAGCAAUAAAUAGUUUAGUAGAAAUAUACAAGCACGUAGGAGAGAGAGUCCGAGCGGAUCUUCAUAAAAAGGGGCUACCACAAUCAAGGCUGAAUGUAAUUUUUGCAAAAUUUGAUGAGGUUCAGAAAUCUGGAAAUAUGAUUCUGUCUUCAGCUGAUAAAAAUUUUGAUGAUGAAGAUUCUGUGGAUGGAAACAGACCAUCUUCUGCUAGCUCCACAUCCUCAAAAGCUCCCAGUUCACGGCGUCCAAUCGGCACAGGUCGUAGACCAGGAUCGUCUGCAGUUGGCUUGAGAAGUGCAACAGUCAAAGAAGGUGCAGGUGCUGUCGAUGAGGAUGAUUUUAUCCGUGCUUUUGAGGAAGUUCCAACAGUGCAGAUUUAUUCCAACAGAGACCUCGAAGAAUCCAUCAACAAAAUUAGAGAAGUUUUAUCAGAUGAUAAGCAUGACUGGGAGCAGCGAGUAAAUGCUCUCAAAAAGGUUAGGUCUUUAAUGCUGGGCGGAGCAGCAGAACAUGAAAGUUUCUUUCAACAUCUACGACUUUUAGACGGAGCAUUCAAAUUAUCAGCAAAAGAUCUGCGCUCUCAAGUUGUCCGUGAAGCUUGUAUAACAUUGGGGCAUCUCUCAUCUGUUCUGGGAAAUCGUUUUGAUCAUGGUGCAGAAGCCAUUAUGCCAACACUAUUCAACCUUGUUCCUAAUAGUGCCAAAAUUAUAGCCACAUCUGGUAUAGCAGCUAUAAGAUUAAUUAUUCGACAUACGCACUUCCAUAGAUUAAUACCCAUUAUCUCAAGCAACUGUGCAUCAAAGUCUGUGGCAGUUCGGAGGCGUUCAUUUGAAUUUUUGGAUCGACUGCUACUGGAAUGGCAAACACACUCGCUAGAAAAACAUGUAACUCUUCUGGCUGAAACGAUAAAGAAGGGUAUCCAUGACGCAGAUUCAGAAGCUAGACUCGAAGCUCGAAAAGUGUAUUGGGAUUUUCACAGUCACUUUAGCAGAGAAGCUGAAAUUUUGUUUAACUCAUUGGAACCUGCCUACCAGAAACCUCUACAGUCCCAUUUGAAAAAUUCAGACAGUAUUGUUUCCUUGCCACAGUCUGAUCGUUCAUCAUCCAGUUCACAAGAAAGUCUAAACCGCCCCCUGUCUACAAAGCGCAGUCCUACUGGAAGCACUGUAUCACGAGCUUCAACAGUCAGUACGAAGUCUGUGUCUAACACUGGAGCUCUGCAACGUUCUCGCAGUGAUAUCGAUGUGAAUGCAGCUGCUAAUGCCAAGUCACGCUUGACAGCCACUCCAAGUAACACGCCUGGACAUUUCAGCUCAGCGGCAGCUUUACCUCCAGGGUCCUACGCUUCUCUAGGUCGAGUGCGCUCUAGACGUCAGAGUGCUGGGAGUGCCACCAGUGUAGCCAGUACACCCUCUGAUACCAGAGGCCGUAGCCGAGCUAAAGUAGUAUCUCAGUCUCAACCUGGAAGCAGAUCCAGUUCACCUGGAAAACUCCUUGGUAGCACGUAUUCCGGCAUGAGCAGUGGACCGCAGAGAGUAUCUGUAGUGCCUCAAUCAUCCGAGAAACGCAGCAAAAUCCCUCGCAGUCAGGGAUGCAGUAGGGAAGCCAGCCCCAACAGAUUGGGCUUGGCUUCUCGUCGACACUCCAGGUCCACCAGCGCACUCUCCACUGCUGAUUCUAUUGGGCAGCCAGAUCGAUAUGGGCUUGGACAAGCUGGUCGGUUGCCUCCCACGGUAAAUGCCAUGAGGGUUCUCAAUACAAGCACGGAGGUGGAGGCUGCCGUUGCAGAUGCCUUGCUAUUAGGAGACUCCAGGACUAAGAAAAAACCUGUCAGAAGACGAUAUGAACCAUAUGGAAUGUACUCUGAUGAUGAUGCAAACAGCGAUGCAUCUAGCGCUUGUUCUGAGCGGUCUUAUGGCUCCAGAAAUGGAGGCAUUCCACACUACUUGCGCCAGACAGAGGAUGUGGCUGAGGUCUUAAACCACUGUGCUAGCUCAAAUUGGUCUGAGAGGAAAGAAGGGCUUGUUGGCCUUCAAAAUCUAUUGAAAAGUCAGAGAACAUUAAGCCGUGUUGAAUUGAAGCGGUUAUGUGAGAUCUUCACUCGUAUGUUUGCAGAUCCUCAUAGCAAGAGAGUAUUCAGCAUGUUUUUGGAAACUUUAGUAGAUUUCAUCAUCAUCCACAAAGAAGACUUACAGGAUUGGCUAUUUGUGCUCCUGACUCAGCUUCUAAAGAAGAUGGGUGCUGAUUUGCUAGGUUCUGUACAGGCCAAGGUUCAGAAGGCACUAGAUGUCACCAGAGAGUCCUUCCCAUUUGAUCAGCAAUUUAAUAUUCUUAUGCGUUUUAUUGUGGAUCAAACUCAAACACCUAACCUCAAGGUUAAAGUUGCAAUUUUGAAGUACAUUGAGAGGCUGGCAAGGCAGAUGGACCCAGCCGAUUUUGUUAAUUCCAGUGAAACCCGCCUCGCUGUUUCCCGAAUUAUAACCUGGACAACCGAACCAAAGAGCUCUGAUGUGAGAAAGACUGUGCAUAGUUGGUUGAGUGAUGAGGUGUUGGCCAGGUCCUGUUCGAGUACCUCUGGGCCUGGUGAAAUUGGCCUGGAAGAAAAGUGUAAACAGGCUGCGCAGGUCGUGCUGAUUUCUCUGUUUGAGCUGAAUACUCCUGAAUUCACUAUGUUACUUGGUGCCUUGCCAAAAACAUUCCAAGAUGGUGCCACCAAGCUCCUUCACAAUCACUUGAAGAACUCUAGCAACACUAGUGUGAGUUCACCUAGCAACACAAUGGGACGCACACCUUCACGACACUCCAGCAGCCGAACAAGCCCUCUUACUUCUCCCACAAAUUGUUCGCAUGGUGGCCUUUCCCCAAGCAUGUUGGACUAUGACACAGAAAACCUUAACUCCGAUGAAAUUUAUAGCUCUCUUCGUGGGGUCACACAAGCCAUCCAGAACUUUAGUUUCCGCAGUCAAGAGGAUUUGAAUGAACCGAUUAAACGGGACGGAAAAAAGGACUGUGAUGGUGUAUCAAGGGAUGGAGGAAUUGCAUCUCCGUCCUCUGACAUUCGUGGAGGAGGUGAACCUGUGGAAGGAGGAAGAACUGCUCUUGAUAACAAAACAUCUUUGCUUAACACUCCACCACCACGCUCUUUCUCUGGACCUCGGACUAGAGAAUACAAUCCGUAUAAUUAUUCAGAUACAAUCAAUGUAUUUGACAAGACAGCCCUUAAGGAAGCUAUGUUUGAUGAUGAUAUGGAACAAUUCCGUGAUGUUCCCAUUGACCAUUCAGAUUUGGUUGCUGACCUUCUGAAAGAACUUUCCAACCACAAUGAGCGAGUUGAAGAGCGGAAGGCAGCACUAUUGGAGCUCUUAAAAAUAACCAGAGAGGAUACCCUGGGGGUUUGGGAUGAGCAUUUCAAGACUAUUCUGCUUUUGCUUCUAGAGACCCUAGGAGACAAGGAUCACUCCAUUAGAGCAUUAGCCUUAAGAGUUCUACGAGAAAUCCUGCGCAACCAACCGGCAAGGUUUAAAAACUAUGCAGAGCUAACGAUUAUGAAAACGCUAGAAGCACACAAAGAUUCCCACAAAGAGGUGGUAAGAGCUGCAGAAGAAGCUGCUUCCACUUUGGCGAGCUCCAUACAUCCUGAACAGUGCAUCAAAGUGCUCUGCCCAAUCAUCCAGACAGCUGACUACCCCAUCAAUCUAGCUGCCAUUAAGAUGCAAACAAAGGUGACAGAGAGGAUCUCCAAGGAGUCUCUUCAUCAGCUUCUCCCAGAUAUCAUCCCAGGGUUGCUUCAGGGGUAUGACAACACAGAAAGCAGUGUGCGUAAAGCAAGUGUGUUUUGCUUGGUGGCGAUUUAUUCUGUAAUUGGAGAAGAGCUGAAACCUUACCUUGCACAGCUCACAGGAAGUAAGAUGAAAUUAUUAAAUUUGUAUAUAAAAAGGGCCCAGACGACAAACAGCAACAGUAGCUCAUCGUCAGAUGUAUCAAGUCAUAGUUAACGGAUGGCAGUCAUGUUUCUUUAGACGGAUGAAGCCGUGCCUCUUCUGCUCAAAUUUUGAAAUCCACGUGCCCUUGGAGUGAAAAAUUGCUGCACAUCAGUGUUUGUUCUUAAGUAAUAUAUGCAGUUGCUUAGCUUUAAUCUUACAGCUGUUAAUUAAUCAUAUUGUGAUGCCUGUUUAACAUGUGACAUAUGAAUAAAAGAAGGCCUGUAGUGAGUCUUUGACUGUCCAGUGGUGACAUCAAGUGAAGUAGCACUGAUUCUGGGUUAGACUAAUGUCAUCUUUAAACCUGAAGUAUGUGACUUACAUACUUCAUAUCAGAGUAUUGUUCCCCAUGAUGUUGUAAUUUUAAGUGUUACGCAUAAAUAAAUCACUGUUAAAUUUCAAUAGAUAUGACAUUGUCAUACUAUUUCUUAGCAACUACUUGUUUAGACCUGUCAGGUUCUUUGCUAAGCCAAAUGAUGUUUCACUGGACUGGACUUUUACUACUGUAGAAGACUAAAGCAAAUUUUUGCAAGUAUGGCCAGUAUUUCACACUUACAUUUUUAAACUGCAUUGUCAUAUACAUGCCACCUACCAAUUGAAGAUUUGCAUGGCAGCGCUAAAAAGGCAUGAUCUUGCUUUGUGGAAACCUGUAACACUGCCGUUUGAUAAAAACUCAAGAGUUCUGUGUUAUAGAUCUGUUUUUUUGGCUAUCAUAUUUCUUCUUGCCUAUCAGUUCCACACUCUCUCUCUCUCUCUCUCUCUUUUUCUCUCUCCUUCCCCAUCCUUGGGUAUUACUCUUCUGUUAUAUAUCUCUGUCUUUGAAAUGGUUAUCCCUAUCCUUGCCAUAGCAAGAACUGAGGAAACUCAUCAAAAUAGGGCACCUGAGAUAAUGUCAGCCGAGAGUGAUAUUGAACUUGCAGUUUUCUGUUUGGGAGCCCUACUGUUGUCGGAGUUUUAGAAACACCAUUUAUCUCAUAAAAUAGGUUUAUGUGAUGGAAUCUACAAAUUGCUGUGUUUCUAUAUUUAAAUGCAAAUUAAGAUCUAAUAUGUAAUUUAACAGACCUAUGCUACCAUUCCUCUGAAUGUAUUAGAGUGAAGUAGGGGAGAAAAGCUGAAAUGAUCAUGCCAAGUUAGACAUUGCAAUUCAGGUUUUCGUUCCAAGUUUGGCUGCCUGAAUUACAAUUCACCGAAGAUGAUGAUUUGUCACAUCAUGAUUUUACAUUAUGUUAUGGUGGAAAUCAAUCCAUGGGAUCUGUAUAAAUUGUCAGUCAGCAAUUAUUCUUAUCCUCCAAAUGUUUUGAAUAUAUAAACUGUGCAGUAGGAAUAUUUACCCACUUAAAGACUUGGAUACCAACAAUCUUUCUUAUCUGCAUCCCUCUGGUGACCAUCUUUGGUUUUGAUUGUUCCAUUCUCACUAACAAUUUUUGCACUGUUGCUAUUUGUUUUUUUUUCAGUUCCAUGUAAAUUUUUUUGGGCUGUUGCUUCAAAAGUUUUCGUCUUCAGUUUUACUACAUAUUGUCUCCUCCCAGAAUUGUAUAUGCCAGUUGUGAAUUUAAGGUUCUGAAUGUUAGGGGAAGCUGCUCUUUUCCACCAUUCAGUCAUGGGUAGUGUCUUUCUAGCCCUUCAUAAUUCGGCAGCUUCUGGAUUCUGACAAAUUUGAAGGAAGGAUGACAAACAAAAGAUUUCAUUGCCCAGGCUGAAAUGUCUCAUAAUCCCUGUCUAAAAAGCACAAAUUGUGCAACAGAAGCAGAACUCCUCAAGAUCAGUCUUCCCACAGCAACAAAAAGGGCAAAAAACAUUGGGAGGAAUCAAAGCGACCAAGAAUCUUUCUUCUUCAGGGACCAUGCCUAUUUCCACGUUGCUUUCUAGGUUGGCAAUGGGUAAAUAUUCUUCCUCUUAAAAAGAACCUGGAGCAAAGAACUGCCGAUGAUGCUAUGGCCACCCCUGGACUAUACUCCAUAUUGGUGCUCUUUCUUCUUUUAACUUGAUUAAAGGCAGUAGAAGAUUUCUUCUUGGGAAUACAGUCCUAGGCAUUCCUGUAUCAAGUAGCCAUUGGUUAGUUGAUUGUUUUAAACUGCUACCAGUCAGGAUGGGCCAACAUCCUAUGGAAUCCUAUGAAAUUUAAUCAGCCAAUCUAGAGUAACUUUGACCAAAACACUUCUGACUUGAACUUGCUUUUAAAGAAAUAAUGCAGCUUGGUAGUAGAGCUGUACUCAAAUCUGGAUCCUGUGCAUGUGAGUCCUCCUAUUUCCAUAAAUUGUACAAUUGUUUUCUUUUGUGGAAUAAUCAUCAUUACCCUCCAAACAUGCUACUCUCCUCCAUUCAUUGUGUCCCAGCAUGUCUGAAACUUUGUAGAUUUUCCACGGAGUUCUUUGGUAUGGAUGUGGCAUUUAAAUGUGCAGUCAUAUUUUCUGAAUAUUUUUAAUUUGUUUUGAGUUUUAAAAAUUCUAUUGGCAUUGGUUUUACUUGAGAUUCCAGCCCCCUCCAAACCCAAAAAAUAAUUGCUUAAAACCUUUUACCACUUUGUAUGAAGCAUAUUGAGAUUUUUCCCCCAGCUUCUCAAGUGGAGCCCAUGGUGAUUUCCCCAAAACUCUUCUGGAUGCUUUAUCUAGGCAAAAGACUAAAGUUGGUCACCUGGGGGAGCUGUUGCAGGAUACGUGAAAGGUCACAUGAGUUUGUCCUGAUGUUAAUAGGAUAGUUGUCCUUGUGAUUUUCCUUGAUACGUUUUACUAUGUAGUAAGUAGAGGAUAAUUUUGAUUUUUAAAAAAUCUUGACUCAACUUACAGGUGUAUGAUCCAGAUAUUGUUGCCUUUCAUAUGUUCAAUGUGACAUAAGUAUUAGCAGCAUUAGCUAAGGGAAGUGCAACAGCAGAAACUCUGUAAACUUGGUCUUAUAUAAUGUAUAUUAUUUCCCGAUUAGGUUUGACCAAAGUCAUGUAGUCAUAAAUUGACUGGCUUGUCCUCUGGAGUAUUGACAUUGGAAAGCUGUUGGAUAUUUUUAUGUAAAGUGUUCAUCAUGAUUUUUUUAAUUUCUUUAGUAAUGUAUCUUAUGUUUCUGUACCAUUGCAAGUUUGAAACAAUCCAAACAUUUUUAGUUCUUUUUCUUGAAAUUAAAGACCUGGUUGUACUGUAA